AUGAGACAAAUCUUGAAGCUGUCUAAACAAAAAGGGAAACAAGGUAGAAAAGAUCAAGAUAUAUAUAUAUAUGCUGAUAAAAUGAUCCAGUCAUGAAUACAUUUAGUACAAUCAAUUCGUUAUUUUCCACGUAAAAUCUCUAGCUACUCGUCUUAUUCUGGACAUAUGACGCCGUUCGGAAGACCUCCCGGAUGCCUUUCAACGGCACCGGAAGCUGCUUCAUCAUGCAGGACACGAAUCUGGUGGACUAAAGAUCUUCAUGACUGGUUUGUCAAGUGUGUGGAUCGACUAGGUGGUCCUAAUAAGGCGACGCCGAAGGAAAUACUUAAGCUGAUGGACACCCGAGGACUCAACAUCUUCCAUGUCAAAAGCCAUUUGCAGAAAUAUCGAAAUGCGAAGAACGUUUCAGAAUCCAUGGAAGCUUAUCAACUAAAGGAUGCGCUCCAACUACAACUAGAUAUACAAAGGCGUCUUCACGAACAAGGAGAGAUUCAAAGAAAGUUACAGGUGAGGAUUGAGGAGCAAGGAAAAAUGCUGCUUAAACUGAUGAAUACUCAGCAAAGAUCGAUAAGAAGAAGUAGUGUGGUCGUCGCGGAUUCAAGAAUCGUGGGCCGCAGUAAAAUGUGAAACUACUGAUCGAUGCAAUGGAUUACCAUUUGGAAAAUGUAAUAAGAGAGAUAAGAAUAUUGAUGAUACAGACAGUCUUUCUUAUACUUGCAGGCAUAUAUACUUACACACAAGU